CCCCCCCCCCCGGUGUAUGUGCAGGUCAGUCGUCGGGGCGUGUACUUUGGAGGUGUGUGUGUUCCCGACACGAAGAGAGGGAGAGAGGGAGCACGGAAUGUGGAGCCAGCUGUUAAGGAGAGAGACAAGACAUCUCUGCUGAGGGUUCCCCAGGUGUGAUAUCCUGUCCUGGGCUAGGAGAGAAGAGGACAGCGGGGGUAGACUGUGCUUUGUUUUUUGGUCGGUUCAGCUAGCACUGGCACACACGCGCGCUAGUGGGAUUACUGUAGCUGUGUCCCAGGCCGGUGGUGGGAAGGGAAGGAAGGAAGUAAGGGAAGGAAGGGAGAGAGAGAGAGAGAGAGAGAGAGAGAGAGAGAGAGAGAGAGAGAGAGAGAGAGAGAGAGAGAGAGAGAGAGAGAGGAGGGAAGAUGAAUGCGUUGAGACUGAAGGAGCUGUCUAACUCAGACCUGUACCGCCGGAGACAGGAGAGACCCGACAGCUAUGGGAGCGUGGCGAGAGACAGCCUCAGCAACAUGGCCAACGCCCUGGCCAACGCCAUGUGUGAACGCUGCAAGAGUGGCUUCGCCCCUGCAGAGAAGAUCGUCAACAGCAACGGGGAGCUGUACCACGAGCAGUGCUUCGUCUGCGCCCAGUGUUUCCAGCAGUUCCCAGAGGGACUCUUCUAUGAGUUUGAGGGUAGGAAGUACUGCGAGCAUGAUUUCCAGAUGCUGUUUGCUCCCUGCUGCCACCAGUGUGGUGAGUUCAUCAUCGGCCGUGUGAUCAAAGCUAUGAACAACAGCUGGCACCCAGACUGUUUCUGCUGUGACCUGUGCCAGGCUGUCCUGGCUGAUGUGGGCUUUGUCAAGAACGCUGGCAGACACCUGUGUCGCCCGUGCCAUAACCGCGAGAAGGCGCGUGGUUUGGGCAAAUACGUCUGCCAGAAGUGCCACGCCAUCAUCGAGGAGCAGCCCCUGCUCUUCAAGAAUGACCCCUACCACCCUGACCACUUCAACUGCAACAACUGCGGCAAGGAGCUGACAGCGGAUGCCAGGGAGCUGAAGGGAGAGCUCUACUGCCUGCCCUGUCACGACAAGAUGGGCGUGCCCAUCUGUGGGGCCUGCAGGAGACCCAUUGAAGGCCGCGUGGUCAACGCCAUGGGCAAGCAAUGGCACGUGGAGCAUUUUGUGUGUGCUAAGUGUGAGAAACCCUUCCUUGGACACCGCCACUACGAACGCAAGGGGCUGGCCUACUGUGAGACCCACUACAACCAGCUAUUUGGAGAUGUCUGCUACCACUGCAAUCGAGUCAUUGAAGGCGACGUGGUGUCAGCCCUGAAUAAGGCCUGGUGUGUCAACUGUUUUGCCUGCUCCACCUGCAACACCAAACUGACCCUCAAGAACAAGUUUGUGGAGUUUGACAUGAAGCCAGUGUGUAAGAAGUGCUAUGAGAAGUUCCCCCUGGAGCUGAAGAAGAGACUGAAGAAGCUCUCUGAGACUGUCGGACGAAAGUAAACUGGCCGAUGUACAUGCAGGCUGAGGGCCCAAACCUCUGCCUUGCAUAAUACCAAAUUAGAAAGGAGGGAAAAUGACAAUGCGUGCAAGACUUGUGAGGCAUUUGUGAUGGUUGCGUCUUAGGUUAUGGUCAGGUUUGAUGGUAGAUAAAUUCAAUUGAUUUGGUUAUUUGUUCUUUUAAUCGUGGUCUCAUAGUGAUGACCAGCUCAUGGGCCUUACGCAGAAAGACAGACAGACACAGACAGAGUUGUGUCCAUAUAAUCAGCCUUAGCUCAGUGCCUGCAUCUGAAUAUAGCCUCAAGAUGCCUAUGUUAUUUCUUUUUUAUUUCUCUUAACUUAUCCUUUUCCUUUUUAUAAAAUCAUGCACACAGGCCUCUGGCGCUGUAGGUUUUCAUCAAUAAAGAAGUCUAUUAUGAAAGUGUUGAGAUAAGAAAGAAACCUAAAUGCAAGGUUAGUCUGUCAGCCAACAUGAAUUGUUGUGCAAAAUAAAGACUACUGCCUUACUGUUGGUGUUGGUGAUAAUAUGUAUUUUUCUGCAGUAUUGUACAUAUAUAUAUAUAUAGAUUAAUAAAACAAAUAUCAAUACCAAAAAGGAGAAAGGCAAGCCUCCAACCCAGCACCUCAGGUUAUAAGAUGGUGUAAAGUACAACAAAAAAAAAACUGACUGUUGUGUAUUACUUGUAUCACAGUAUUACAUAAUACUACCUGCAGGCCUUUUCUGUUCACCUUUGUUAUGAAUUUGCAUGUCAUAGUAUGUCAGUUUGCAUGUCAUUGUAUUCAACAUUACAUUCAUGCUUUAAAGCUACAGUUUAUUUAUCCUACAAGAUUUAUACACAGUCACCAAUGGCCUUCAUAUGUAUGGGUCCAACAAUGACAUUAAUAAGUAGCCUAACACACUCUUAUGUCACACUAAAUCGAGCCAGUUGUCUGGCAAUGAUUUGGAAAUGUGUAAUCCCUUGUUCUUUGCAUCACUAAGUGUUUGAGAUGGAAAAUAAAUAUUGUGGAAACAAACAGCGACAAAUGUCGAUGUUGUAAUGACUUGUAUUAAACCGGAUGUGACUAA